UAGUAGGAUGGUUUGCUUCCAACUAAUCUAGUUGGCAUAUGGUCAUAUUUGAGAAGAAAUUCUGUCUUCAAAUAAAAUGGCAAUAAAAAAGAGGAAAAGAGAAUGAAUUGUUAAAUCACUGGAUUCUUUAAGGUUCUCAGCACAAAUUUCUAAUGUAAUUUUCCUCUAUCUCCUUGCCCUCAAACUUUUAAGCUAUUGGAUUAUUUUAAAAUUCUGUGAGAGGGGUAGGGAUUUCUCAACUACUGUCUUAACUGCUGCUAACCUGGAAGGUCCAUGUAUGCAAAUACAGAAUGCUGGCAAUCCUGAACAAGUGAUUUUCCUGAAAUUGAUAGUUUGACACAAGCUAGUUAAAUUUCAGGAAAAAUAAUGUUGAAUGCGUGUGGUUUUUCAGGGUCUGUGUGUCAUCAGAUAUGACCAUCUUAGAAUGUUCUCAGUAUAUAAUUCAUGAUACUAGGUCACAAGAUUCUGAAUAUCCUUGGCACCAUGCAGAUGCUUCACUGUCAUAGGGAGCUGAGCAAAUAGUCUGGCAGGAUGGAGAAGGAAGGGUGCUUUGCAUGUGGGAUGGAAAAUGGAUUUAGAGUUUAUAAUGCAGAUCCUCUUAAAGAAAAGGAGAAACAAGAAUUUCUAGAAGGAGGCAUUGGCCAUGUUGAAAUGUUAUUUCGGUGCAACUAUUUAGCAUUAGUUGGUGGAGGAAAAAAACCAAAAUAUCCACCUAACAAAGUGAUGAUCUGGGAUGAUCUGAAAAAGAAGACUGUGAUUGAAAUAGAAUUUUCAACAGAAGUUAAAGCAGUUAAAUUGCGAAGAGAUAGAAUUGUGGUAGUUUUGGAUUCCAUGAUCAAAGUUUUUACAUUCACACACAAUCCCCACCAGUUGCACGUUUUUGAAACCUGCUACAACCCUAAAGGUCUCUGUGUUCUCUGUCCAAAUAGUAAUAAUUCCCUUCUUGCAUUCCCUGGAACGCAUACCGGGCAUGUGCAGAUAGUGGAUCUGGCUAAUACAGAAAAGCCUCCUGUAGAUAUACCAGCUCAUGAAGGAAUCUUGAGCUGUAUAGCUUUAAACCUGCAGGGAACAAGAAUUGCAACAGCAUCAGAAAAAGGGACCCUCAUAAGAAUAUUUGAUACUUCAUCAGGACAUUUAAUUCAGGAGUUGCGAAGAGGUUCUCAAGCAGCUAAUAUCUACUGCAUUAACUUCAAUCAGGAUGCUUCUCUAAUUUGUGUAUCAAGUGACCAUGGCACAGUACAUAUUUUUGCUGCAGAAGACCCCAAAAGGAACAAGCAGUCUAGUUUGGCCUCAGCCAGCUUCCUCCCCAAAUACUUCAGUUCCAAAUGGAGCUUUUCCAAAUUUCAGGUUCCCUCGGGCUCUCCAUGCAUUUGUGCCUUUGGAACAGAGCCAAAUGCUGUCAUAGCAAUAUGUGCAGAUGGUAGCUACUACAAAUUCUUAUUCAACCAAAAAGGGGAAUGUUCAAGGGAUGUCUAUGCUCAGUUUCUAGAAAUGACUGAUGACAAGCUUUGACUAAACUGAGGAAGAAAAAGUUUGGGUCAAAGUACUACCUUGGUUCUGCUUCUUUAGGAGGAGUGGGUAGGUAUGUCCAAUACUGAUCAAGAUGUAUAACAGACCUCAUUGAGAAGCCUGGACCCUCCCUGAGCCAAACAGGCAGAAGUCCUCUACAUCACAGCUUAUGUUAAACUCAUAUGCUAUUUCUUCAAUGUUAGUGGGGGGUUGGGUGGGGGAGGGGAGGAAACCCCUGUGGGUUUGUCAACUCUUCAGUUUUCAAGAAAUGGCUUUCAAUAGCUUGUGCCUACAGGGUCUCCUUUAAACUGUGAAAAGUAGAGUGCAG